ACCCUGAAAGUGCAGUGUCGCGCACUUGAAAACACAAUAACUGAAAAGUGAAAACAAAAAACAUCGUCUUUCUUCUGCAGAUGCUUGAUUUCACCUCAAUGGCAUCUGGGGACCCAAAAUUGCCACUUCAAACCCAAAGGUUGCAAAUUUACUCCAAUCCAAAUUCUGGGGUUUCCCCCUUUUGGAGAGAAAAGUAUGAACGAGAAGCUAAGAAGUAUUGGGAUGUUUUCUACAAACGCCACAAGGACAAAUUUUUCAAAGACAGGCAUUACUUGGAUAAGGAAUGGGGAGAUUACUUUUCAGGAGGAGGGAGGAAAGUGAUUUUGGAGGCUGGUUGUGGAGCUGGAAAUACCAUCUUUCCUGUGAUAGCGUCAUACCCAGAUGCUUUCGUUUAUGCAUGCGAUUUCUCACCACGAGCUGUUGAAUUGGUUAAGAUGCAUGAAGACUUUAAGGAGUCCCAUGUUCACGCGUUUGUCUCUGAUUUGACAGCUGAUGAUCUAUGCAAAGAGAUUACUCCAUCUUCUGUUGAUAUUGUUACUAUGAUAUUUAUGUUAUCUGCAGUGUCCCCAGAAAAGAUGCCUCUAGUUUUGCAGAAUAUUAGAAAAGUUAUCAAACCAAAUGGACAUGUGCUUCUCCGCGACUAUGCUACUGGAGACCUUGCUCAGGAGAGAUUCUCUGGCAAGGAUCAAAAGAUAAGUGAUAACUUUUAUGUUAGAGGUGAUGGCACUCGUGCUUACUAUUUUUCAAACGAGUUCUUGACAAAUUUAUUCAAAGAAAAUGGUUUUGAUGUUCACAAACUUGAUGUGUGCUGCAAAGAAGUUGAGAACCGCUCAAGAGAGUUGAUAAUGAAACGGCGUUGGGUCCAAGCUGUAUUUCGUGUUUCAGAUGGUUCCUACUCUUCUUCCAGUAAAGAAGCUGAUGCCAAUCAUCUUGAUAGUGAUAAUAAUAUUGGCCGCAAGGCAAUUGAGCAAAAUAAUAAUAGUAGUUUAACUGACUCUGUAAUUGACAUGUCUGAGGGAGUUGCGGCUGACAUGUUUGGGGUCUUGCCUUCCGAAGAGUAUGAGAGUAUGGAGAUCAAUCUUCGAGGCUGGAAUUUCAAGAUCAACUUACUCUCAAAAGAGUACCAACAUACCUGCAAAUCAACUGGUUUAAUGCUAUGGGAAUCGGCCCGGUUAAUGGCUUCCGUCCUUGCAGAAAAUCCCAAUAUUGUUGCAGGUAAAAGGGUCUUGGAGUUAGGGUGUGGCAGUGGUGGAAUCUGCUCAAUGAUUGCUGCUAGACAUGCCGAUCUAGUAGUUGCUACCGACGGAGACAGUUUUGCUCUCGACCUUCUGGCCAAAAACGUCGCAUCAAAUAUUGAAUCACUGUUGCUGACUAAACUAACUACAAAAAAACUUGAAUGGGGAAACAAAGAUCACAUAGAAAGCAUAAAGGAAUUGAGUAGUAUAGGGUUUGAUGUCAUCAUCGGCACCGAUGUUACAUACGUUCCCGAAGCUAUAUUGCCUUUGUUUGCAACUGCAAAAGAACUUAUUGCUUCAAGUGAAAGUAAUAAAGAUGAUAACGUUCCUUCACUUAUUCUUUGCCACAUCUUUCGCCGUGUUGACGAACCAACGUUACUUUCAGCUGCAGCGCAAUUCGGGUUUAGAUUAGUAGACAAGUGGCCUAUUGGAAUUUCAACCGAAAUGCCUCGAAGCGUUAUUGGCGAUUGGUUUGUGAACAAUGAUUUACAGGACGAUCUUCCUAAUACAGCAUUAAAAAUCUUGCUCUUUUGCAAGGAGUGAAAUCCAGUUGAAUAUUGUAACUUGAAUUCAAGCUGUUUUCUUGAUUCUUCUUACAAAAUGAGAAGUAGAAAGCUUUUUCCAUGUUUGAUUCAUAGAACUAUUUUACAUUCCAUUUGAGCUCAUUUGUAGAAGUUAUUUUGUAGCAUCUUUUGAUUGUGUUACAAGUUAUUUAUUGGAAUGGAUGGUGUGUGGUGUAGAAAAGUUCACCACAAAUAUUCAUUGAAAAAAAUCAAGAGAAUUUUGAUUGUUAUGAGAUUUUAAAA